AUGAGUUUCUUGAAUGAACUAAAGAAGCAAAAAGAACGAUUAAAAGGAACAGAAACGGUUGUUACUCGUGCCGAUGGUGUUAAAUAUCUAGAAGGUUCUGGAACAUUGGUGGAAUCUAAGUCACCCGGCUUUGUAGUUGAUACGAAACCAGACGACGUGCCUGUUUUAAUUGUAGACUAUUUAUAUAUAGGUUCACAAGAUUGUGCAGUACAGUGUGUAUUAGAGAAAUAUAAUAUUAAGCAUGUCCUUAGUUUAGGUAUUGAUUUAGAUAUUUCUUUUAUAAACCAUAAGUUCGUUCACAUUUUGGAUCUUCCAGAAUCAGACGUCAGACCUUCCUUAGACGAAUGUUUGCCAUUUCUGCAAAAUGCUAUAGAAAGUAAGCAAAAUGUAUUAAUACAUUGUAACGCAGGUGUGUCUAGAACUUCGAUGGUUGCUAUUGCCUAUUUAAUGCAAUAUAAAUUGUUAGAUUAUGAAAUGGCUUACCAUUUUGUAAAGGAAAAAAGACCAGCGAUACAGCCAAACGCGGGAUUUAAAAAACAGCUAUUGUCAAUGACGCCCGGACAAAUAAUAUCUUAGCCUAUUUAUACUUAAUUUUUUGAUAUAUACUGCAUUAUUGUACGUGAUACAAUGUAAAUAUUUUUACUAUAAAUAUAUAUAUUUCUAAUGACUUUUCUUACAAAUUUAUUUUGGUAUUACAAACCUUAAUCAGGUUAGGGGUGAACAAAAAAAUAUUUUAAAUAUAAAUGAAAUUAUAAAGUAGUUUUUUGAUUAUAUUAUGGUAGGCCACCACCGUCCAUAGACUAGUACUAUGCUACUACUAUAUCUUUUUAACAAAUUGAAAUUCGUCAAUAACGGAUUCAGUGAAAAAAAAAAAACAACCGAUUUGUGAGCCCUCUAAUAUUUCCAAGUCAGUUAAAAAUAGACCAAGAAUUUUAAUAUCUUGUAUUUCAAUGAGGCAAUCUUACUUAUAUCAAUAAUAUAACGUUUGUAUCGUUCCCAAUCAAAAAGCGACGGUUUAUAAUAUGGAUAAAAUAAAAUAAAAAAACUACAUUCAAAACAGAACUUUAUUGACUAAUAAAUAAGACAUUAAGUACGAUCAUCAGUCGUGUAA